AUGCAACCGGUUCCCGGUUCAAUCGGUCGAACCGGCCGGUCCAGUCCGGUUUUGAUAACAUUGCUGAUUUCAUUAGGAUUUUCAGAUGUGGUUCCGGUGCCAUCAUUUGAAAUUAGUAAAGAGUCAAUUUUGAAGCAUUUGUCAUUAGACAACAUUACUUUGGAUCUUCCAGCUUUAUACGUAUUUGGAGACAAUUUUGUUGAUGCAGGAAAUAAUAAUUAUCUCAAUUUACCUCGAAUUCAAAGUACUUAUUCUCCGUAUGGAAUAGAUUUUGAUGGAAAACCCACCGGUCGUUACACCAAUGGUAGAACAGUAACAGAUUUCAUUGCUCAAUUUACUGGUUUGCCAUUUCCUCCACCAGUACUAAGUUUGUCUAAAGAUGCUAAGAGAGUUCCUCAAACUGGUUUAAAUUAUGCUACUGGUUUCACCGGCAUCUAUCUGGGUCCAAAGUUAAGUGGUCCAAGUCCAGGGCUGAAAGUGAUUGUCCAGUUAGCAUCUAGGCCCAACCAAGCUCACAAGCCUGAUCCAGCAAGUGACCCCGGUUAUGGGACCAACAAGAGAGCCCAUACGUGCAAAAACCCAAAACAUAUCAGUUCUAAUCCAAGGUCCAAUGCCACCAGAAACUUGGAGCUGUCAGAUAUGUUAACCAAUCUGACGGUCUAG